AUGGAUCGACCCCCGCCUCCUCCUCCACCGCCUCAUGGUAGUCCACCAGGGGGUGGUCCACCGCCCAAUGCAAACGGUGGAUAUCGCAAAUCAACAGACCUUCCGGAAGGUCCCUAUGAUAUCUUCAUUGUUCCUCCUCAUUCGUCCGGCUCCGGAUUCAUAUACCUACCUUCUCUGCAGUGUCAUACAAAUAGUUUUUUAGCAGGAGUUACAGCCACUUUAUUCGGGGUGGCAUUGUACACAUAUGUAUUGCCAAUGCUAAAGGCUUGGGUUUCAACAGUUGCACAGAGCAGCGGUGCGGGCGUUCUAAUGCUUAUCGUAGUUGUUGGAGUUGGCAGCUGGGCAUGGGGUAGGUCACAAACAGAUCUACCCCAGCCGCCACCACGGGGUACCCCGAGGACCCCUCCGGCGGGAGGCACCGCUCCCCACGGCACGCACCACGAAACCCCUCCUUCAUCAGGUCCCAAUCAUACUCCUGGUGGAGGCUCUCACUAUCAAAAUUUCAAUGGCCAGUAUACAGACGGUUAUGCAAAUGGAUCACAUCCUAGUGGGCAAUACUCUGGUGGUCCAUACUCUGGUGGCAAUCACUAUGCACAUGAAACUGGAACACACCCAGGCCCGGGAGGAGAUGGCCCGUCUCGACCACCUAAUUCCCCAGAGACCCCGCCGAAACCAUCUGGAGGGGCUACCCCAGAAACGAAAAACCAGAACUGGGAAAAGGCUAGAGAGGAAACAAGAAGAAAGGAGGAUAUAAGACGGAAAAUGGAGGAAUUCCGGAAGAAAAGGGAGGAAGAAGAAAAAGAGAAACAAAGGCAACGGGAGAAGGAAACACGGGAAAGGGAAUUUCGUGAGUGGAAGGAGAAGAGAGAAAAAGAACGACUUGCCAAGGAGGCAGCAGAGAAGGAGGCAGCGGAGAAAGCCAUCAAAGAACAAGUCAGAGCGGAAGCGGCUGCUAGAUUUGCGGCCGCUCGAGAAGCUGCAGCUGCAAAGAGAGCCGCUGAGAAGGCAGCGGCUGAAAAACUCGCCGAAAAGCUCGCAGCAGAGAAGCUAGCGGCGGAGAAACGAGCGGAGUCGGUGAAGAAGGCAGCGGAAUCUCGCAAGCAAGAAGAAUCUGUAAAAUCUCCUCCAAAAACACCAUCUCCCCAGAAAAAAUCCCCACCAUUCCCCAGUGCCAAAACAGAAUGUGAAGAUGAUGCAUACUCCUUUCGCCCUUACGAUCGACCCAGGGAUCAACCUUCCGCCCCGUCAGUAUUCUCAGAGUCAUCCUAUGCUCCUUCGCAAUCGACAGCACGGACAACCCCGCCACCAUCUCGACGAGGACCAUACUCCACAAAGGAUCCCGACAAGGUCAUUAUUACUGGCGUGUAUCUAUUCAACAAUGCUUUUAUGAGGACGCCCGUUGGACAACUGGUUUCAGGCAAAGGGAAUGUGACCGAUGGCUUAAUCCUACGCAUCACCACAGAAGGAAUGUUUGUAGACGAUGACAUUAGAGGCGUUGCCCAGCGCGAAUGGGACGUCAAGGCAUGGACAAUGAAGCUUGUAGAGGUAUGGUGCCCCCAGCUUGGUGCGAAUAAUCCUCCUACACGUCAAAACCCAAUGAAGAUAAAUCCCUUCCGGUUCAGUUCUUCGUAUGCGCAUAGGGUUCCCAGCAGUGAGGAAUCCGAUGCGCAUCUCGCAGACCUGCAGAGGUGUUGCAAGAACAAGUGCCGGUUUGGGGCUUCGUCUUCUGGAAUGAGAAGCCGCAAUGACAGUAUGAUUGAUGGAGAAAUUUUGCAGAACGCGGAGUUGCGCGGGUUUCAUGUCGUGCGUGCAAGCAUCAGAGACCAGGAGGGAAAGAAGUAUGUCUUCAUCCUGAAUGAGACUGAAGCUUGGAAAGUGGCCCUCGGCAUACAGCGGUUGAGAAAGGGGAGCCAAGUUAGGGCAUUGGGGGUGUGUGGUUUGCCCGCCAAUGAAACAAAUGCGAUUCUUGAGAGUCUUGGAUAUAUCUCAAAGUGA